UAAGUCUUGCUUGUUGCUGGGAUCAGGAUCGGGGUAGGGAUCGGGAUGAGGGUCAGGAUCGGGAUCGGGAUGAGGGUCAGGAUUGGGAUCGGGAUGAGGGUCAGGAUCGGGAUUGGGAUGAGGGUCAGGAUCGGGAUCGGGAUGAGGGUCAGGAUUGGGAUCGGGAUGAGGGUCAGGGUCGGGAUCGGGAUGAGGGUUUUGGCAAUGUGCAAUGCACCCGCUACAGAGUACAAAUGUGUGUUCACAGCGGGAGCCACAGCAGCCCUUAAGCUGGUGGGAGAAACCUUCCCGUGGAGCUUGGAGAGUUAUUUCCUUUAUACGCAGGAGAACCAUAACAGUGUUCUUGGAAUCAGACAAUAUGCAUUGGACUGUGGAUCGACGGCAGUGGCAGUCGAUCUGGAACGUUCAGAAAUGCCAGAUGGCCAUGGGAGUCUGCUAGUUGAGAAUCAGUUACCCCCUGUAGCAGGUAGAGAUGAGGGUUCAGUUCUCGCUGGAGAGCUGCAGAAAUGUAGCACCGGUAGAAAAAGGAGAGAAUCGGGUGACGAUUGCGAAGGAUGCAGAGUGGAGAUCUCCGAUCCUGUGGCCGUGAAACCAGAUGGUUUGUCGGUAAGAGCAGAGGGAACAACAGCAGAAAGACCGGACACAGGUGCAGCGAGGGGAUCCGGAGGUACGUGGAGAGCAGAUGCGUCUAGAGCACGCAAAGAUAGACAUGCCGACAGGUUGGAAGACUAUGCGGUGAGAUCGGGUGGACCUGCACUGGCAUCAGGUGGACAGGAAGGGACAAAUGCCUGUGUAAGAGAAGAGGGCCAAAUUGGGACGAAUGAGUGGCAUUCGUCGGAUGGAAACGCGGAUAAAGAGGAUGGGGAGGGGGUCGACUCGUGGAAAAAGCAGUGCCGCUGCAAUGUGAACGGGUGCUGGACGAUUCGUCAACGAGGUUUGCAGAGUCGACGGCGGAAAUUUCUUUCGUCUUUUGCGGAGGGCGGAGGAGCUGCAGCGGUAGCGCGUGACGGUACGCCGGACUCGGGAGGUGUUCCUGAUGUCAGUGGUUGCGGAGCAGCGGCUGUCAGAGACGACGGUUUUUCUGACAAGGAGGCACCUGUCUGGCCGAGCCAGGGUCGGCUCGGGCAUUUACGACAAAGGCUCUCGUCGUACUUCGGAUUCCGUGAGGUAGCAAGGCCUCCGCCUCUUCACGGAGACGAGAAUAUCGGCAGGUGUGCAUCUGAAAACAUGGCAGCAUCUAAGAGGGAAUCUGACGGCUUGCGAACCUCGCAGGCUGUUUGGAAAGGGACAAGUGGCAAGGAUGAACCAUUUCACCUGUUUGCGUUUCCAGCUGAGUGUAACUUUUCCGGUCAUCGAUUUGAUCUGGAAAUUGUUAAUGAAGUGCGUGCGGGUCGUGUUCAUGAUCUUCCAAGGGGCCGAUGUAUGGUGCUUGUCGACGCGGCCAAAGCGUGUGGAACCAUGCCUCCGGACCUGUCCGUCCAUCCCGCAGAUUUUGUUGUCGUCUCCUUCUACAAGAUGUUUGGAUAUCCGACAGGACUUGGAGCACUUCUGAUACGGAAUGAUGCUGCUCAGAUCUUGAGAAAGCGCUACUUCGGAGGAGGGACGGUGGGCAUCUCGAUCGCCGAUAUUGACUUCAUGAAGAGGCGUGAAACAACAGAGGAAUGGCUUGAAGAUGGGACCCUUCCAUUUUUGGAAAUUGCAUCCCUUCAGCAUGGCUACAGGUUUCUGAAUCGCCUCGGAACAGCAGCUGCUAUUUCAAGGCAUACAGGGGCCUUAACCCGAUACGCAGCGGCCGAGCUAAAGGGACUCCGGCAUGGAAAUGGGGAGAAGGUGUGUGUGCUGUAUGGAAACCAUGAAGCCUACACAAACUAUGGGGAUUGCGAGAAGCAGGAGGGUGGUGGGUAUGCUCAGGGCCCUGUCAUAGCAUUCAAUGUGAAACGAAGCGAUGGGUCAUUCGUUGGAAAAAGAGAAGUGGAAAGAUUAGCUGCACUUAACAGAAUCCAGCUUAGAACAGGGUGUUUCUGUAAUCCUGGGUCUUGUGCGAAGCACUUGGGGCUAACCCACGGUGACAUGCAUUCGUAUUACAAUGAGGAGAAUGUUUGCUGGGAUGACCAUGACAUCAUAAGAGGUCGACCAACAGGCGCCAUUCGCAUUUCGUUUGGAUAUAUGUCAACAUUUGAAGAUGCCGAGGCAGUCAUUCGCUUGGUAAGAGACUUCUUUGUUGAGCCGAUUCGGACGCGUCAGUGUGUGUCAUCGGAUUGUUCUACGUGGCGUAAGGCUGAGGAAGGGCGGCACAGCAACGGCAGUUGCGAGAUCAUGGCUGAAACUGCGCCAGAUUCUCGCGAUCUACGGUCUUCGAAUCGUGCUGCAGCGGACACUGAGGAGUUGGAUAUGGGUGACGUAGGGGGAGGGAGGCUCAUGCGCAGCACCAUAGCCAGCAGGCCCAUCCAGUUGCAAAUGAUUGUUUUCUAUCCAAUCAAGUCUUGUGCUGGACAGUCAGUUAUCGCGUGGCCAAUUGGUGACAAUGGACUCCUUUACGACAGAGAGUGGCUGCUGAUGGAUCCAGUAUCAGGGAAUGCUCUGACACAGAAGAAGAUGCCCUCCUUGGCUCUAGUAAAACCCUGGGUAGACUUGGUGUCGCAGAUGCUUGUUGUCACUGCACCGGGGAAAGAUCCUCUGAAAGUUCCCAUCGACCAAGCAACCGUUCGAUCCAUUGAUCAUGGGGUGCGAGUUUGUGGCACAAGAGCCUCAGGGUCUGCAUAUGGAACGGAAGUGGCUGCCUGGUUUACAGAGGUGACAGGUGUUGCUUGCACACUCGUCCGACAACGGCAAUGGAGCCGAGUCGUGUCAUCUCAGAGGAGGACAGGGGUGUCCCGUUCCGAUGACGCCACCGCGUCAAGAUCCAACGGUUUUGUAUCGUUGAGAGAUGAUGCUGGAUCAAGAUCAAGCAAAGGACCUAGUGGAGCAACGGCCGUGGGUGUGGGCGGCGACAAGAGCAGCAAGGGCAUUGGGUUUGCGAACGAAGCGCAGUUUCUGCUGGUGUCCCAGUCAAGCGUUGACGACCUCAACAAGCGCAUACACAAUCGCUUGCGUGAGAACAACGGUCUGGUGGGGGAUGCAUCAGCUGCUGUGUCCCACCUGUGCUGGAGUGCCACGUCAGAGGGAGGACGAAGGAGCGCCAAGACAGAGGGAGAAGGGAGAAGCGGCACGUCAGAGGAGGAAAAGAGGACGGAUGAGCGCCACGUCAGAGGAGUGAGGAAGGAGGGAGAAGGGAGGAAGGAGGGCGGCGAGGUCCAUGGAAUUUGUCGACGGUGCCAUAUGGUUAACAUCGAUCAGGCGACCGGAAAAAUGGGCGGAAGCGAACCAUUGCUGACACUGGCUACAUAUCGAAGACAACAGGGAGGGAUUUCCUUUGGGGUAUUGCUUGUACACCAAACGUCGUCCAAUCCGAGGAAGGGCCACAGCACACGUGGCAGCGACGCAGCAGCCGUGCGCAUAGGCACGCAAACAAUCGAGGACCGCUGUAGCGCAGAACGCGUUGCUACAGAAAGCAAAGUGGAUGUGGAUGUGGAUGUGGAUAUGGAGAAGCAUGUGAAUGGGAAUGCAAGGAACGAUGUGGAUGAGCAUGUGAACGGCAAUGCAAGUAGCGAUGUGGAUAAGCAUGUGAACGGGAAUGCAGAUAAGGACGUGGAUAAUUACUUGGAUAACGAGGCGAAUGAAGAUGCAGACAAAUAUGUGGGCAACCAUGCAGACAAGGAGCUGGAGAAGGAUGUAGUCAAGUAUGUGAAUGUGGAUAAGGAUAUGGAUAAGGAUGGCAAUGUGGAUAAGAAUGCGGGUAAGCAUAAAGAUGUGGAUCAGGUUGUGGAUAAGGAUAAGAAUGUGGAUAAGGACGUUAAUAAGGUUGUAGAUAAGGAUAAGAAUGUGGAUAAGGAUGUUGAUAAGGUUGUGGAUAAGGUUGGGGACGAGGAUGGGGAUAAGGAUGUAGAUAAGGAUAGGGAUAUGGAUAACGAUGAGGCACAAGGAAUUAUUACGCCAAGCAUCCGGUGGUUGAAGCAGAGGUGGCCCAUUGUUCUAAGAACAGGCGCGACAGCGGUACCUGUCAAGAAAGCUGCUUCCAAUCAAAGCGUUAAAAAAGAGCGAUAACAAUCAUCUGAUGUAUAAUAAGGCGCCACAGCAGUACACAUACGCAACGCACGAACACACCAUUUUGAGGUACCGCAACAACGCACCAUUUGGAGACCGACCUAGACUGGAAGUUGGGUGGAAACCUUUGAGAUCACAGCUCGUGUAUGAUAAUGCACACUAGCUCGGAUUUUUCGAGUUCGUCCUAUGAAUUGAAGUUGGGACGUCGGAGCAGGAGAGCUUAGGACCCCCAUUUGGACACUAAGCUAGGAAAUUAGGACCCCCAAUUUUCACGUCACGCUAGGAAAUUAGGGACCCCACUUUGCGAUCAAGCUAGGAAAUUAGGACCCCACUUUGCGAUCAAGCUAGGAAAUUAGGACCCCAUUUUGACAUCAGGCUAGGAAUUUAGGACCCACAUUUUAAC